AUGUCGUUCGGACUGAGCCUGAAGCCUUCAAACCUUCCCGAGAAGACCUUGGCGUUCACGAACCGGUGCUACACGAACCAGGCGGACCUUGAGCGGCUUUGCGGUGCCGGCGGUGCCGGUGGUGCCGGUGGCGCAAAGUAUGUGGAGGUCAAGAGCUGCGUCUUCAGCAUUGAAAGCCACCGUCUCAUGGAGCCCGGCACCAUUGCUUUCAACAAGGUCCAGCGAGAGUUCGCAAAGAUUGGGCUGAACCAGGAGGUCUUCGUGAAGCAGUUCCCGAUCCCCAAGGGUUUCGAUCUUGGCACCUGCAAACUGGAAGUGGAUUUCUUUGUGAAACCCACCCCGGACACCCCGAAGCUCGAGGUCAGGGAUGAGGAUCUGGACGCGCUGAUGAGGAAGGCCUUCGAAUCUCAAGUCUUUGCCGUUGGGCAGCAAAUCGCAGUGGACUACAAUGGCCAGCUUCUGAAGUUUGAUGUGCGCAGUUUGAUGCCACCAGAUUUAGGGGACGGGGCAGCGAGGGCCAAAGUCACUUCGGGAAUGUUCGCCUCCCUGACAGAGUUGGACUUUCAGCAAGGCCCUUCUGGAAAGCUGCACGUGCUCUCCAACAAAGUGCAGCAGCGAAAUAUCUUCAGACCAGAUUUCAACUUUGAAGACCUCGGCAUCGGUGGCUUGAGCAAGCAGUUUGGCGACAUAUUCAGAAGAGCGUUUGCCGCACGUAUCUUCCCACCUCACAUGGUUCGAGAUUUGGGCAUCAGCCAUGUUCGGGGCAUGCUGCUGCAUGGCCCUCCUGGUACAGGGAAGACUUUGAUCGCCAGAAAGCUUGCCAAGUUCCUGAAGGCUGCAGAGCCGAAGAUUGUGAACGGACCAGAGGUGCUGAACAAGUACGUCGGCCAAGCAGAGGAGAAUAUCCGGAACCUAUUCGCAGAUGCUGAGAAAGACGAGAAGACGUUGGGAGAGAACUCCCCCUUGCAUGUCGUGAUCUUUGAUGAGAUUGACUCGAUUUGCAAGUCUCGGGGCUCAACUCGUGAUGGAACUGGAGUGCAUGAUAGCAUUGUGAACCAGCUCCUUUCCAAGAUCGAUGGCGUAGACUCGCUGAACAAUAUUCUGCUUAUCGGCAUGACGAACCGCAAAGACCUGAUCGAUGAAGCGCUCUUGCGGCCAGGCCGCCUGGAGGUCCACGUGGAAAUUAGCCUUCCGGAUGAGCAUGGACGCGUCGAGAUCCUGAACAUCCACACCAAGUCCAUGAGGGACAAAGGAUACUUGGGCCAGGACGUCUCACUUGCGGACAUUGCGGCGAAGUCCAAGAACUUCUCGGGAGCCGAGUUGGAGGGCCUCAUCCGCUCGGCGACGUCCUACGCCAUGAAUCGCAAGGUGAGCUUCACGGACCUGAGCAUCAAGGAUGGGGACUUCCGCAUCUGCAAUGAAGACUUCGAUAUGGCACUGGAUGAAGUGAAGCCAGCUUUUGGGCAGCACAUCGACGAGUUUGAGAAAUGCAUACCGAAUGGCAUGCAGCCUUACUCAGAGGAGUUCAGCCACAUGCUGGGCUCGUGCAUGAGCAUCAUCGAUCAGCUGCAAGGAAGCACAAACACACCUCUCAUGAGCUUGUUGCUGCAUGGUGAACGCGGUUGCGGUAAAACUGCACUUGCUGCUCACCUGGCACAGAAAUCAGACUACCCUUUCGUGCGGCGCAUCACGAGUGAGAACUACGUAGGCUACUCCGAGCCUGCCAAGAUCUCAGCGAUCGCGAAAGUUUUUGAGGAUGCCUACAAGAGCGACUUAUCUUGCAUCGUCUUGGAUGACAUCGAGCGCCUGAUCGACUACGUCCGAAUUGGACCACGUUUUUCGACGCCGGUGCUUCAGGCUCUCUUCGCCUUGUUGAAGAAACCGCCCCCCAAGGAGAACUCCAGGCUGCUCGUCUUGGGGACGACCGCCGAUCCACAUUUCUUGGAGGAAGCGGAGUUGUUUCAGGCGUUCAACGUGGCCUUGCAGAUCCCCGUGCUGUCGCAGCCAGCUCAUUACAAGACUGUUCUCGAGGCUCUCCCCGGCUUCACGGCACCGGCGGUUCAGGAGAUCUCUGCCGGCAUUGCCGGCAAGAGCAUUGGCAUCAAGACACUGCUGCUCGUGGCAGAGAUGGCAGUGCAAAGAGAAAACCCUGUGCAGAUGGCAGUUUUCCUCGAAUGCUUGAAGCAAUGUGGUAUAGCUGCAUAG